UCCGGGUGGAGGGGAUUCACUGCUUCUCGUCCCCCGAGCCGCCCUCCCCAUGCCACCCCCGUUCGCGUCCCCCGGUUUGGGCGUUUAAUCCCUUCCCCUUUUGCCACACGAUUUUUUCGCGUCUCUCCUCCCCUUAUACACCACCUGUGCCCCGUCCAUUCGCAUCCGUCACAGGUGAAGUAUUAGCGCCCGAGCAGCGAGAGAGAGAGAGAGAGAGAGAGAGAGAGAUCGAGGCCCAUAGGAAUCCUUCGGUGAUCGACCCCAUUUCUCUCUUUCUUCCGAUUUUCUGAUGAUUAUUGAAUCUGCUGCUCUCAAGGGGAAGAUGGUGGGAGGUCUCUAAAUUCCUGUUCUAUACUAGGGACUUUCCUUUCUUUUGUUGCUUUCUUGCCAAGCCAUCUAUCAAUGGCGUCACCCAGUGAACCCUGUGGUUCUGCUUUGAAGCGCAAGCUAGCUGAAAGUUCUGGAUUAAGAGAUAGUAAGAUUCCCCGUGUCGGGGUAGAACAUGGACCAUCCUCCCGUUCUAGUGUCUGUAGCUGCCACUGCUGUCGCAUGCAGCCCAACCUUACUGAGACUUGCUUCAACUAUCUCAACAGUGGCUUGCCGCGCCGUGUGAUGUUCUACAACCGGGGCGACUGGUCUGACUUUCCAGAACCAGUGAAACAGUCUCUUAUAGAAGGGUUCCGGGAUGAUAAGUCAUGCGUAAUGGUCAUGGUGAAUGGCCAGUCUCUUCUUGUUGAUUUUGUGUCAAUGGUCCUGGUCAACUUGAGAACUAGGAAACAGUGCUCUGUGGCAUGGAUUGAUGAUUCUGACAAGUGCUUCUUUCCUUCCCUUUUUUUUGAUGAUAUGGGUGAAGAAUUCCCUGAGUUGGGUUCUGGCAUCAGGAACAGCAGUUUCCACAGACCAAUGCUGGCAAGGGCGUUAUGUCCUCCAGCUGAGGUGGUAAAGCGUGUUGUUAUGGAAAAUGCAGCUUCUGUUUCACAGCAGCCUUUAACUGCAGAGACAUUACGCUUAAAGAUUGAAAACGUGGAAAGGGACAGUGAAAGCUUUCUUUUUGUACAAAACCUUUUUCUCUCAGGAAUGGGUCCUUUUGCUAUACCCCAAAACAUAUUGCAGAUUCACCGCUAUGCCCCAAAGGAUCUUCCCACACAGAUUAGAUGUGAGGCCUUUGAGAGACAGAUACGGUCUACUAGAGUGCAGCGUGGGGAUGCAAAUGUACGUUAUGGAUGGUUUGGUUCAAAGAAGAUAGAGAUAGCUGAAAUUCUGAUUCGUGGUUUUGGCAUGGGCGGGAAGCCUACUGAGGGAGUUUUAGGCACUGGUGUUUAUCUCACACCAGAUAACCGUGCCUUUGCCAGUGUUAAUCUUUGUGAUGUUGACGAAAAAGGUGUACAGUGCAUGCUGUUAUGCCGAGCAAUCCUGGGAAAUAUGGAGCGAGUCCAGCCUGGGUCCAGACAGUGCUUUCCCAGUAGUAGGGAUAACGAUUCGGGUGUAGAUGAUUGCCUGAGUCCAACAUGUCAUGUUUUGUGGUCUACCCACUUGGGCAGUUAUAUUCAUCCAGAGUAUGUUGUUAGUUUCAAGCUGUCCCCAAACAUCCGAGAGUACUUAUUUGGACUGAAGGAUGUACGGUUCCAAGUUGCAGCAACAAAAGUUGUACAAGACUUUUCCUCUCUUCAUCCUAUAAGAUGUGAGCCAACAAGGGGCCCAACCUCACCAUGGAUACCCUUUACUGUGCUGUUUGCUGAAAUACAAAAUCAUGUAUCUCCAUUAGCAAAGGAGUUGCUGCUUCGCCAUUAUGAAGAGUUGAAGAGUAAAGCAAUAACUCGAGAAGAGUUAGUGAAGAAGAUGAAAGCAAUUGUUGGAGAACAGCUGCUGAUGUGUACACUGACAAGACUUCAGCGCAGUCCAUCCUCAUGGUACAAUAACUCUACUGCACAAGAGAAACCUGUUGGUCCUGAUAUACCAACAUCAGAGGCUAAUGGCUCUGCUACAAUGACAAUGGAGCCAAAUGAAUCCUGUGCACUUAACAUGGUACCUACCGAUGGUGUUGCACCAAACAUGGCACCAACUGAUGCUGCUGCAGUGAACAAGGAAAAUGAUGACUUUGCUGCGCCAAACAUGGAACCAGUUGACUCUGUCAACCUAAACGUGGAGCCUAAUUACUUUGCCGCACCAGACAUGGCACCUACUGACUUUGCUGCAGUGAACAUGGAAACUAAUCACUUUGCUGCAAACAUGGCACCUGCCAGCUCUGCUGUGCCAAACAUGGAAAGGACCAACUUUUCUGCACCUAAUAUGGAGCCUGAUGAUUCUGCUUCACCAGACAGGGCACCUCCUUACUCUGCUAUGCUGAACAUAGUGGGUAAUAACUUUGCUUCACCUAAUAAGAUGGCUACUGACUCCGCUGCAGAAAAGAUUGUGGCCACUGACUCUGCUUCUCCAAACAUGGUGGCUACUGACUUUGCUGCAUCGAAGAUGUUACGUACAGACUCUGCUGCACAGAAGAGGGUGCCUAAUGAAUUUGCUUCACUGAAAGUGGCACCUAAUGAAUUUGCUUCACCAGAGAUAGGGCCAAAUAACAGCAAUGCGCCAAGGAUUGCACUUCCUGAAUCUGCUGCAGUGCCAAAUGACACUGCUAUGCCAUGUAUGACGCCUAAUAGUUCUGCUGCGACAAUAAUGGAGCCUACUGAAAUUGUUACACCAGGUUUGGAGCCUAAAGACUCUGCUCUACCGAGGAUGGGGCCUAAUGAUACUAAAACUCAAUCCAUUGUGCAAACGAGCGAAAGCUAGUGGACAGACUCCAGCUCUGAGCCAGCUUCUACAAUAAAUGGAAAAAACCUUUGAGCUAGUCUCCAGCCAAGGUCUCACAGAGCUGUCAGUAUUCUAUCCUUUUUCUUGAAGGAGAUAAAAAUGAAAGAUCCCCCAACUUCAGAUUGUAUUCAUUGAGUGGUUAAUCUCAAAAUCGUGAAUGAAUAAUGAAUUUGUUUGGGAUUCUUGAUGCAGUGAUGCUGUGUGAAUGACCCUGUAAAUGGCAUUUGAAGCUCCCCUUGGAAGACAGGUUGCUACGUUUAUUAUUAUCACUUUUCGCUAUGGGCUGCAUCUGAAUCAGAUUGCUAGAUUUAUGAGUAUCAGCAUCAACAGAAAAGCAAGACCAUGUAAUUUAUGUCGGCAUUUUCUAGUCGAAGCCUAGAAGAACAAAACUAGAUGUACAUGACUUCAUCAAGAAAAUAGUAAUCAUAAGCGAAUCCAGGUCGUCUACUGUUUGUCUUCUGUGUUGAUCAAGCUUGAGAAUUAUGUCAAGAUCAAAGUACAUUUAAAGUUGCAUGCAUCAGCAUGUAGAUGGUGUCACUUGCAAAUGACCCUGUUCGAAUGGUUUCUUGCCAAUGUUUUCGCCAAGGAUAUCAGGCAUGUUUUAGCAAGAGAUAUGGAUCAUUGUUUUUCAGAGUUGUAGCUUGUAAAUUAUAAUGAAGAGCUCUUCUUUGUUUCUUUUAUUUCUUUGGUGUUUUGUGUUUAUUUCCUAUUGUAUUUUUUUUUUUUGGCGCUGUUUGGUGGUUGAUUUGUGUAGAACCUUUGGUUGUGGUUUGGAAUCGAUUACACUAGAGGUUGAUUUGGUUUUA